AUGGUACAUUUCAUGCUAUUGGUAUCGCUGCUGCUUCCUCAGGCUGUGUGGAGUCUAACCGUAGCUCAAUGUGGUAUCAGUGACCCUCUUCCAGUAAAUCACAAGUAUUAUCAGUCAGGAGACCUCAUCAUUGCUGGCAUCCUAUCUCAGAUCUACACAUUUUCCAACCCUAUAACUUUCGAAAAUCAUCCCUCUCAUGAGCUCCUUGAUGACAUUGUCCAUUUCACUGCAAGAGAGACCUAUCUGGCCUCAAUGGAACUUCUCUCCACAAGGGGCAGAUUCAUCCCAAACUACAAGUGUGAUGUGCAUGAUAAUGCAGUAGCUUUCAUUGUGGGUCCUAAUUCAAAUGUGUGUCUCUUCGUGGCAAUGACUCUAUAUAUCUACAAGAUUUCACAGUUUGGAUAUGGCUCUGCUCCAAUAAUAAAUGACCAAACCCAAGAGGCGUUCUUCCAAAGGAUGUUUCCUGCCGAAGAGCAUCAGGCUGCAGGAAUCCUCCAGCUGUUGUUGUUUUUCCGGUGGAUAUGGAUUGGGGUGGUUUUUAUCAAUGGCGACAAUGGAGAGAGGUUUGUACAGACCGUGCUUCCUGGAUUUUCCAAGAGUGGUAUUUGCUUCGACUUUAUAGAAAAUUUGCCAACACUGUAUUUUAGCACUGGCAUGGAAGAAAUGGUGACUGAGUGGGUCAACAUAUACAAGGUUAUUGUUCGUAGCACUGCCAACGUUGUGGUAUUACAUGGUGAAAUAAAUACUGUGGUAUUUCUGAGAAUGUUUCCCCAGCUUUCAGAACUGGAGGACAUAACAAUGAAGACAAAAGUCUGGAUCAUGACGGCACAGAUGGAAUUUACAUCCGUUUCCUUUCAAAGAGAUUGGGACAUAGACAUUGUACAUGGUGCUCUAUCCAUCACUGUUCAUUCAAAGGAGAUUGUGGGUUUCCAGAAAUUUAUUCAGGGGAGGAAUCCUACCUCGGAGAAAGAAGAUGCUUUUCUUAGGGUCUUUUGGAAAACAGCUUUUGACUGUUCGCUCCCUAAAACUGAUAUAGAAAGGGACGAUAGAGACACCUGCAGUGGGGAGGAGAAGCUGGACACACUUCCUGGGUCUGUCUUUGAAAUGAGCAUGACUGGCCACAGCUACAGUGUGUACAACGCAGUCUUUGCUGUAGCACAUGCAUUGCAGGCCAUGCAUUCAUCUAGAUACAAAGGCAGAGUGAUAGUGGAUGAAGGAGUGAAACUUCAGAAUCAAGAGUUGUGGAAGCUUCAUUGCUACCUUAGGAGAGUCUCAUUUAACAACAGUGCUGGAGAAAAGGUUUCCUUUAAUCAUAACGGGGAUAUCACUGCUGGAUUUGAUAUUAUCAAUUGGGUGACAUUUCCAAACCACUCCUUUCUUCGAGCCAAAGUUGGAAGGGUAGAUCCCUUAGCUCCUGAAGGCAAAAUCCUGAGCGUUUCUGUGGAAGACAUCGUAUGGCCAACUGCAUUUAAAAAGGUACAGCCGCUUUCUGUGUGCAAUGACAUUUGCCAUCCAGGUUAUAGCAAGAGCAAGAAGGAAGAAAAACCUUUCUGCUGCUAUGAUUGUCUUCCAUGUCCAGAAGGGAGGAUUUCUAAAUUUAGAGACGCAGAAUACUGCAUUCAGUGUCCAGAAGAUCAUUAUGCAAACAAAGAACAAGAUGUGUGUGUUCCAAAGAAGAUCAGCUUCUUGUCAUACAGAGAACCGUUGGGGGUAAUCUUAGCUAAUUUUUCUCUUUCCUUUUGUUUUAUAACAGCUUUGGUGCAUGGGAUAUUCAUUAAGCACAAGGACACUCCCAUAGUCAAAGCCAACAACCGGAACGUCACCUACACUCUCCUCACCUCCCUCUUGCUCUGCUUUGUUUCUGCUUUGCUGUUCAUUGGCCAACCGCACAAAGUUAGGUGUCUCUUUCAACAAGCUGCUUUUAUAAUGAUAUUCUCUGUGGCAGUUUCUUGUGUUUUGGCCAAAACAACUACAGUCAUUUUAGCUUUCAUGGCCACCAAGCCAGGGUCCAGUAUGAGGAGAUGGAUGGGGAAAAGGCUGGAUUUUUCUGUUGUUGUUUCCUGCUCCCUCGUUCAAGCUAUUCUUUGUACUCUGUGGCUGGCAAUCUCGCCCCCUUUCCCUGAUUUAGAUGCACAUACAAUGGCUGAAGAGAUUGUCCUGGAAUGUAAUGAAGGAUCGGCCAUCAUGUUUUACUCUGCCCUGGGCUAUAUGGGCUUCCUGGCCAUUAUCAGCUUCACUGUGGCCUUCUUAGCCAGAAAGUUGCCUGACAGUUUCAAUGAAGCCAAGUUCAUCACCUUCAGCAUGGUGGUCUUCUGCAGUGUGUGGCUGUCCUUUGUCCCAACCUAUCUUAGCACAAAAGGGAAAUACAUGGUGGCUGUGGAGAUCUUCUCCAUCUUGGCCUCUGGCGCUGGGUUACUGGGCUGCAUCUUUGCCCCUAAAUGCUAUAUCAUUUUGGUUAAACCUGAGUUGAACAACAGGGAGCAACUGGUGAGAAGAAAUAAUUCAGGCAUUAGAAACCAAUAA